CGCUCGUUUAUUUCCCGCCCGGGUGCCCAGUCGCCUUGUCUUUUCAGUUCUGUCUACUGCAGACCUUGCGUCUUAGCAUCAUUUCAUCCUCGUCGAAAGCUUCGUAUCAAUCAUGUUCGAGGCGAGGCUGGUCCAGGGAGCUCUUCUGAAGAAGAUUCUGGAGGCAAUCAAGGAUCUGCUGACAGAGGCGUCAUGGGAUUGUGCCCAGGGUGGGAUCCAACUCCAAGCCAUGGAUAAUUCUCACGUCUCUUUGGUAUCCCUUACACUGAGAUCGGAUGGAUUCGACAAGUAUCGAUGUGAUAGGAAUCUCACCAUGGGCAUGAAUCUUGCCAGCAUGACCAAGAUCAUGAAAUGCUGUGGGAAUGAUGAGAUCAUUACAAUGAAGGCCCAAGAUGAGCCUGACACUGUGACCUUCAUGUUUGAAUCUAAGAAUGGAGACAAGAUUUCUGAGUAUGAGAUGAAGCUCAUGAACUUGGACCAGGAUCAUCUUGGCAUUCCUGAGACAGAUUACGCCUGUGUGAUAAAGAUGCCUUCAGGGGAGUUUGCCCGCAUCUGCAGAGAUCUGAGUCAAUUUGGAGAGUCCAUGGUGAUUGCUUGCAGCAAGAAUGGGAUCAAGUUUUCUACUUCGGGGGACAUUGGAACUGGCAAUGUGAAGUUGGCACAGACAAGCAGUGUGGACAAGGAGGAAGAGGCAGUGAUCAUCGAGAUGCAGGAACCUGUGACCCUCACCUUCGCCUGCAAGUACCUAAAUAACUUUGCCAAGGCCACACCCCUUUCCCCUGUGGUGUCUCUGUCUUUGUCUCCGGAUGUUCCAUUGGUGGUGGAGUACAAGAUUGAGGACAUUGGCUAUGUUCGUUACUACCUGGCUCCGAAGAUUGAGGAUGAUGAUUCCUAAACUCCUUUGUACCUACUUUGGAUUGGAAUACAAUCCUGUCCGAUUUUUUAAGAA